GUUUUUGGGCUAUCACGUAUCGGUACCGUACCGCGUAAUUGCUAGAUAGGCGGAACAAGAACGACCAAUAAACAACGUACGGUAACCGUACCGAUAUAUUAGACUUUCAAAUUUAAUGAGUCUCAGUUCAGGUACGGUACUGUAUUAGUUAACAUACUGACAUACGGUGCCGGUACCGGUACGGUACUCCUCAUACGUCAUACCGUUAUUUCGAUCUUUAAUUGCCAUACCGGUACGGUAUACCGGUACCAACUGCAAAGCUGAAGGAUUCGAAACGGAACGUAAAAAACUAGCGGGCUCCCAGACACACUUGCACGGAUUUUUAUACAUGGCUGCAUGGUGUCGUAACUUAGUUCGAACAGCUAAAAGUAUAUCAAAUUGAAGUCAUGGCUAAUAGAGCAAAGCGUGGCAGCAAAAAAGACAACGUGAAUCUUUUCAAAGAUGGAUUAAACUGGGACAAAUAUUUACAAAUUUGUAACUUGCCUGCAGCACCGAAGGAAUGCUUCGCACAAAAUCAUAGUGAGACUUUGGUGAAUAAUUUCCAAGUUUAUGAUAAACUAGAAGCACAAGAUCCCAGGAGUCCAACAUCUGUUUGUUUGUCCACCGUGGUUUCAUUACAGGGACUUAGAAUACUGUUGAGACUUGAUGGAGGAGAUGCGUGUAACGAUUUUUGGCGUUUGGUGGAUUCUGGUGAUAUUUACCCCCUUGGAACGCAAGAAUCUAAGGGGAUAUUGCUUCAACCUCCACUGGGAUACACAAGAAAUAUGUCAACAUGGUCCAACUUUUUAGCAAAAAAUAGAGAAAAGGGUAAAAAAGCAGGAAAAGACUGCUUUUUGCCUGAACCACAACCUCCAGACCAAAAUUUAUUUGAACUAGGGAUGAAACUUGAAGCUGUCGAUCGCAAAAACCCUGAUUUAAUUUGUCCUGCGACAAUCGGAGAUAUAAAAGGUGAUCAAGUGUUUGUUUCUUUUGAUGGGUGGCGUGGUGCAAUGGACUAUUGGUGUCAAUAUGCUUGUCGGGACCUGUUCCCUGUAGGCUGGUGUUAUGAGAAUGAUCAUCCUCUAACCAACCCCGGGAAUAAGGGAGAUAACCCUGCUGUAGAGGAAAGAUUAAAACAACUUGCUGACAAGUCAAAACGGCAGACUAGAAGUGGCGCUGGUAAUAUUACAGAAACGGAAAAGGGGUCUGGAAAGAAUACUUCCAAUGAAGGCAAUUCGUCAGGAAGAUCUGAAUCACCGUAUGUUAAAAGUACAAGAGGACGAGGCAGAAAUAGAGUUUCGAGAUCACUAACGCCGGUUACUAGAACAGCUGAAGUCUCGUCCAAAUCACCUGCGAUUAGAGAUGAUAGACUCCCCACUGUUCAAGGUUCUUCAGUGACAGAAUCUUCAGCAGAUUCUGAGACUUGUGAUUCUUCAGUCUCUUCACAACAAUCUUCAGAAUCCUCGUCCUCAGAAAACGAAGCAGAAACUUCCACUGGAGUUGAACCGAAAAAGCAGGAGGACCAAGAAACAGAAGAUAACAAUGAUGAUUUAACGAGUGAUAUCGAUGAAUCAGUAGUUGAAGUCAAAAAUUCAAAAGAAUCGGAAAGUCUUGAUAUUUCUUCUGCAAGGAAAAAAGAAAAGCAUGAAAAGAGAUUGAAAAAAAGGAGAAAGAUUAAAAAGAAAUAUAAACGAAUGUACCAGCUAGGUGAAAUUGAUUCUAAAAUUUAUAAAGAGCGAAAACGUUUCGCUUCAACGGGAGAUGAAAAUCAUUUUCUAGUUCGCUCGAAAAAAAGGAAGAAGAAUAAACGCAAACACUCGAUGUCAUCAGUGUACGAUUCGCCAAGGAAACGAAUUCUUGGCUUUGGCACACAAACAUCAACUAGUUUGACAAAUUUUGCAACUCAAAGCUUAUCGUUACAAUCUCCUUCCUUUUUAGAACAUACUUCACCGACUUCACUUUUCGGUUUUAGUCGGGACGAAAUUGUCAAAAAGGCAACUGAAGGCUGGCCUUCUAGACUUAUGGGGAGCUCAAAAAUGGUUGUAACAUCAGAUAACAAGUUGGGAAAGUUCGGUUCGAGUAAAAUAACAGAAAACUCAUGUCAAACGACUCAAGCUGAGACAAAAGGGAGUAAUAAUGAUUCCAUGGAUGUCGAUAAUGCACAAGUUACCACAACAACGCAAAUAGAUGAACAAAAAAUCACAGAAAAAGACUCAAAGCAGCCUGAUUCAACGACGUCUGAAAUUUUAUCGAAAAUUUCAUCGCAGACUGUAUCUUCAACUACAAAUCCUCUUCAAUCACCUUCACCACAACCUGCAGAACCUCGAAGUCCGAAAGAAACAAAAAUAGACGUACAUAUUCGAGAAUCGUCACCACUAGAGGAGCCUAGGAGAAAAAUGUCUCGAAACCCCCAACGCUGGACAGUUUCUGAUGUCGUAAGUUACGUCCGUGAAAACGAGUCUGCUCUCGUAAACCACAUUCAUUUAUUUCAAACGCAUGAAAUAGAUGGACAAGCACUUCUACUGCUUAAUAGCUCACUUGCAGUUAAAUAUAUGAACAUGAAACUUGGGCCAGCGCUGAAACUUGCCAGUCUUGUAGAACGAGUAAAACAACUUGUUUCACCUCCAAGAAGUUCUGCAGAGUGAUUGCCCAGAACAUGUAUAUUUUUCACGAGGCUGUCAAAACCAAUGGAAUUUGGCUGUAUUUAGGACUUUCUUGAUAAUAUUAGACUUGACUCAUAAUGUUUACUUUGGCAAUUGGAAUUGGUUAGUCUGAUCAAAACAUAGAUUCCAUUCAAGAUUCAACUGCGAAUAAAAAUGCGUUUAUUUUUUAAACUGUAUUCAACUCUAGCUAUCGCUGGCUUUAGCAAUUAUGCUGGAAUAGAUCUUCCUAAGUCCCUUAUAACUCUGAUUAAGGCUGAAUUAGUAGGACAAAGAACACUGAUAGGUUUAUAGUCAAGUUUGUCAGAAUUGAAAAUUUGUUUAGUAUUCGAAGCUUUUCGGGGUCUAAAUAUCAGACUUCUGGUUACGAAAUUUCUAAUUAAAACUCAAACGCAUCCAAACGACAAAAUCUCACAAAUUUUGCCAUCUCAGAGUCUAAACGUGGAGAAAGAACCAACAAUUUUGAAUUUGCUCCUAUUGAUUUCCCAGUUUCUAAACCAUGGCCAAGACCCUCAUUUUAUGUGUGUUUUUGUUUUGGUGUAAAAAUCAUUUUCUUCAAAUUCUUCAUU